AUGGACGAUUCAUUUGAGUCUGACAUUCCAGAUCUGAUAGCUGCAGAAACUAUCGAUCAAUUACUACAACUUGGAGAAGAUGAUCUCAGUGAUACCGGUAUCAACAACCAAAUCCAGCCAAUGGUAAUGGCUGAAGCAAACAUAUACUUUACAGAUCCAAGAGACCAAAUGAUUGAUGCUCUCAACAAUCAGGUCACUGUUCUUCAGAACAGAGUAUUGCAGCUGGAAACAACUCUCAACAACCUGAUUCAAUCGCAACAAACACCGAAUGGUGAAUCCACUGAGGCAACCGAAAAUUAUGCACCGAUAGCACCAAGACCAACAGCAGAUGCAUUGUUGCAGCAGCAGGUUCAAAUUCAAACGAUACAGCAGCAGAUCACGAUUCUCCAAAUGCAGCAGCAAACAAUGCUUCUAGCUUUUUCAUCACCAAGAGGAUGCUGCUUACCAUACAUCUACUGGUUGAGCAGAAGGGUUGGUCGUCCUCCUCAUGAUGCGAAUUGCCGAUACAGAUUCCAUGGAUAUGCUACAAUGCACUAG